AAAGCAAGUUAUCGCAUGUUAACGCGCGUUAAAGCGAGUUAAAGCGGCCAGCGUCUGCUCGACUUUUGAACCAACCGAAUCGAUCUUGCAACCUUGCUGUCUUAAGUCGAGUAGUUUUUGAUCGGGUUUGGCAACUCGGUAUUUGUUUUGGUUUAUUUUUCCUGCAGUUUCAGGAAAAAUAAACAAAGCAAUCUGUGAGUUUUAUUUUCCCCCCUCGGUGACGAAAUCGCUGCUGGUUUGUGCCGCUACGCUGGUGGUCCCCACGGAGCAGGUGAAAUCGUCUCGUAUUGUGGUGCAGAUGCGGUCGCCGAAGAAUAUGCCGACAGGGUUUGUUGAGGUGAACGGGAACGGACGGGUGGACGACAUGGAAGGGAAGACGGAAAAUCUUCUGACUGCAAACUCAAGGAGGAGUGUAUCGCCGAAAUGUUCGCCAAGCAGCUAACGAAUUUCUUCAAGGGCUCGAGAACCAUCGCCUUGGCCAGGGAACUGCUGAUGCGGCUAAAGAUCAGCAAUGACGAUGAGCGUAGCACAAUCCGGGGGCGCGACGGAUUCGAAAUGGACUCCGAGAGCGUUGAAACGCUAGACGAGGAAGAGGUGGACGUGGAUACAGAAUGCCUUCCGGUCCUGCCAAAAAAUUCAUCCGCGAACGUACGUGUAGCGCGACCUAACCGUAAUAAGCAGCGACUGUCGGUCCGGAAGUUCAAGAGUUCAAGUUCCUCAGCAGCUGUUCCACGGUGACAAGAACAAGAAGGAUGUUCUCAACGAACCAGGAAGAGUUAGCAGAAUGGGAGGCAGGAGGAGGCUGAAUGCGUCGCGAUUUGGAGAUUCGGGACCAGCUGCAGGAUUGCAACGAGUCGAUCAAAAAGCUGACCGUGGCAAGUUCAUGAAAUCAAUUCUGGAAGGGCAAUCUGGAGUUGAUCGAGUAGUAUGAAAUAAAUCAAAAAAUAUAUUUAAA